CAGAGAGAGAGAGAGAGAGAGAGAGAGAUCAGAGAUGGAGAAGAAGAACAAGAAGAAGAGCAGCACCUGGUUGAAGAAGAAGUGGAGAUUCUCUGCGUUUAGGUGGAAACGACUGGAUUUUCAAACCACCAUCGUCGAUACUGUCGUUUUCAAGAUACUCUGCGUCGCUGAGGCCGUGGUUCUUGUCUCCACCCUCUGCUUCUUUUACCUUUGCUGUGGCUGCAACUUCUGAAUUCUUCUCCUCCUUCUUGUUUCAUUUUGUUCAUUCUUUUUUCAUAUUCAUGGCCUGCUGCUUCUUAUCAAUUACAAAUGGGCACACAAAUUAGGCUUCUUAAUUCUCUUCUGCUUCAAUAUAUGUUAUAUAUUUCAUCUUUUGCUUGAGCACCAGCAAUCAUCUCCUUCUAUGUUAAGCUCUGUUUUAUAUUUUCAAUGAUUUGGAAUGAAUAACUAGAAGAACAUAAAUGAUUAAUUCUAAUGAACAAAUAUGUCGGUUUGAUUAACGUGACAACUAAGCAGAGCUCUGUUGGUUCAUUUCUUAUUUUUUAUUUUUUUAGGUCACAUUUCUUAUUACACAAAUUUAAACAAUGAUAUUUAAAUUCAAUAUAAUUAUUUUUUGAGUUUUUUAUAUGCUCAUUAACUAUUAUGAAGUGACAUCAAACGGAUGGAAUCUCUUCGGGUCAAGUUCAUACUUAUAGUUUUAAAGAAUAAUACAUGAAAAUGAUUAGAUGAAUAUCUUAUAAAAUUAGUAAUCUACUUUAAGCAUACAGAAAUCAUGUAAGAUGUCUUCGUCGAAUAGUUUAUUUUAUUUAGCUAACAUUAAAUGUUUGGAUGAAAGAGACCCAAAAAAUAUGGAUAAUAAUAUUUUGUUUUAUUAGAGAAAAGAUUUUCAUUAAUUUAAAUUUUAAAAUUUUCUUCUUUUCUGUCUUUUCAACCAAAUAAGAGGAGUUGGAAGGUUAAAUUAUUAUUUUUAAGAGAAGUUGGUGUAAGAUCUAAAAUUCAUUAUUUUUUAAAAUAUCAACAAAUGAUUUUUUUAAUAAGUUAAUAUAAAUUUACACCAACUUCUCUUAAAAAUAAGUUAAUAUAUACUUUUUUGACGAACCUAUGCCAAAUUUAAAAAGAGCAUUUUAGAAAAAUAUGGUUGAAAGGUAGGUAAUUUAAGAACAAAAUUCAAGAAAAAGUUAACUUUUUGCAAAAUAAAUAAAUAAAUUUGCU